AUGUCUUCUAAGCCAAAGAGCGAGACGAUCGACGAACUCGUCGAACACUGGAAACGUAGACUGGACACAUACGAUAAAGUCAAGCUGGCUGGGAUCGAUGCUGAUGGCGUGCUGCGCGGAAAACUGGUCUCGAAAAAUAAGCUCUUGUCGGCCAUCAAGAGUGAUGGCUUGGGUUGGUGUAGUGUCAUCUUUGGUUGGGAUAUACAUGAUCGGACCUACGACCCCGAACUGAAGAUCUCGAACAGCCAGAACGGAUACCGAGAUUUGAGAGCCCGAGUGGAUCUGGAGUCGAUGCGAUAUGUACCAUGGGAGCUGAAAGAUCUCGACUGCACAGACAACUACGGCACCCCGUUCUUCCUGAUCGACUUCUAUGAUCCCAGUGAUCCCAAGACCCCUCUCUGCGCUUGUCCCCGUGGAUUACUUAAAACUGUCUUGGCUAAGUUGAAAAACCAAGCCGGGAUGGUCGCGCUCGCUGGCAUCGAGUAUGAGUACUUUCAGUUUAAGGAAACUGCCCAAUCAGCCAGAGACAAGAACUUUGUCAAUUUGACCCCAUUGACUUCCGGGAUGCACGGAUAUUCCCUAUUACGUCCAGCACUAAACCAAGAAUACUACCAGUCCCUGUACGAAAAAUCGCGAGAAUUCGGUAUCCCCAUCGAAGGACAUCACACCGAAACUGGUCCUGGGGUCUAUGAAACUGCAUUGGAAUAUACGGAUGCUCUGCGGAUGGCAGACAAUGCAAUCCUGUUCAAGCUUACAGCGAAAAACGUUGGAAUGAAGUAUGGGAUCAUCCCAUCGUUCAUGGCCAAGCCGCAUUCGAACCUACCGGGAUGUUCGGGGCAUGUGCACAUCUCGCUAUGGUCGUCCGACAAGAAAGACAACCUAUUUGCAGGCCAGCAGACCGACCCGAGCUGGCCGGAGCACACCGGCCAGAUUUCCGUCCAAGCGGAAGAGUUCAUCGCUGGGCUGAUGAGCUGUCUUGCGGACAUCGUCCCCUGUCUCAUCCCGACCAUCAAUGGCUACAAGCGCUUGGUCGAGGGCUUCUGGGCCGCUACUCAGGUCAGCUGGGGCCUCGAUAGUCGUCUGGCUUCUGUCCGGAUCAUCGCACCUCCGAAUUGCGACCCUAAAGCAACUCGACUCGAGGUCCGAGUGCCGGGUGCAGACAUGAAUCCACAUUACGCUCUGGCCGCGAUUUUGGCUGCCGGGUUCUACGGAAUCCAGAACCAUCUAUCGUUGAAGGAUUUCCCACCGGUCUCUGGUUCCACGAGCGCAGAUAUCAAACCACGACGAUCGAAUGCCCUACCGAGCACUUUGCACGAGGCCACCCAACGGUUUAUGAGCCCUGAGAGCAAGGCUAGAGAGAUCUUGGGCGAUGAGUUUGUGGACCAUUUCGGCCGAACUAGGGAAAACGAAUGGAAAUUGUACACUCAGGCAGUCACUAAUUGGGAAUUAGAACGGUACCUGGAAUUAGCUUGA